CUGAGCUGGACUUUUUUUUUCUCUCUCUCUUAUAUUACAUAUACACAUAAAUAUAUAGGUAUAUAUAUAUAUAUACAUACAUACGUUGUUAUACAUAAUACCCAAUUUCUUCCCUGCCUUGUCCGCUAUCCCGCCUCCUUCACAGCCUACCCAACCUUCCCCCCUUUCUCUCCGUCAUCCUUCUUCUUCCUCUUCUCAUCGCCGUCUCGCCGCAUCUUGUCGCGUCUUGUAAGCUCGCUCUGGUACUCUCAAUUUCUGACUUGCCUACCCCGGUCUCCUGUGCCAAUUCUGCCCACGACAUGUCCCUCCCGUCUUGUCCGUAUAGCCUACGCAGGCUGCUUUUUCCUCUCCCAAACUUGAUACCGUCCCGCACGUAAAUUAACCAGUCAGCCAGCAGCCGCAAACCAGACGAGAUCGCCUUGAAUCGAUCGACAGACUCGGCUAACCCAAUCCUCCAGGCAGCUAAGCAGCCAUGGUUGACCGACCCAACAGGCCCGUGGCCCUGGCCACUACCCCGGGCCUCCCGCCCCAGCCCCAGGUCAACAUCUCCCACGGCAACUCGCGCGUAUCCGCCGUCCUGCCCUCCGGCGAGAGCGUCGAGGUCCUCCUCCACGGCGCCACCAUUACUAGCUGGAAGGACCGCUUCGGCACCCAGAAGCUCUGGUUGUCCGAUGCCGCUAAGCUCGACGGCACCAAGGCCGUACGAGGCGGCAUCCCCCUCGUCUUCCCCGUCUUCGGCACCGCACCCGACCACGCCGCAACCUCGAAACUGCCGCAGCACGGCUUCGCGCGCAAUUCGCGAUGGGAGUUCCUCGGCAAGUCGUCCUCGGAGUCGGCAGGCCCGUCUGACGCCUCGGUCAAGCUCGACUUCGGCCUCUCGUCCGCCAACCUCGACGACCAGGUUAAGAGCCUCUGGCCGUACACCUUCUCGCUCAUCUACAGCGUCACCCUGACCCCGGAAAACCUGAGCACCAACAUCGUCGUCACCAACGACGGUAACGAGCCCUUCGAGUUUCAGGUCCUCCUUCACACCUACCUUCGUAUCAAGGACAUCGCCAAGAUCCAGGUCACUGGACUGGAUAACUCAGAAUAUGUCGACAAGGUAGACGGCGCGCAGACCAAGACGCAGGCAGGCGCGGUGUCCAUCACGGGCGAGACGGACCGGGUUUACACCCCGGCCGGUGGACCGUCGGUUCCCGUCGUGGUCGAGGAGGAUGGUGAGGCCGUGUUCCGCGUCGUGCGCGACAACCUUAAGGAUGUUGUCGUGUGGAACCCGUGGACGGACAAGGCGGCCGGUAUCGGCGACUUCGAGCCCAAGGACGGCUACAAGAACAUGAUCUGCAUCGAGGCCGGCUCCGUCAACGGCUGGGUCACUCUCGACUCGAAAGACGCCUUCGAGGGCGCCCAGACGAUCUCGGAUUGACUUCUCCUCCGCCGCGGCACUGGUUGCGAAAGGGGUGAUUCUGGCGACGGCGCGGCCCGGGGAGAGAAGAGGAGGGUAGAUAUGGCAGUGGUGGGGAAACUAUGAGACGGACGGGCGGGUAGUCAUGAUAAAGUGCUUCUUAAAAAAAAACAAGAGAAAGUGAGAAAAAAAAGCCACCGCAAUGACGAUAGGCAGUGGAUGCCGACGACGACGACGAUGAUAGGCGAUGCUUUUAACGACUUAGGUGGCGGUGGGUAGCUACCUACCUAGUCCCCGCGCUGCGUACCGGCAGGGGGCCAGGGACAUUCGACCUGACCGAUCACGGGACGAGAGGCGAGACGAAUAGGAGAAGACGGCGGGUGGGAUGGGCUUGCCAUAGGUCCGUAGGUAGCCAUCGCACACACGCAUGAACAAGAACAGACAAGGCGGCACGGUUCCCGGCCGCCGCCCGCAUCCCGCUGCGCGGACCCCCUCGCCUUCACGGAGGGGGCGCGUCUUGCCGUCUCUUGCGUUAUUUUACUGUUGUUAAAACCGUGCGUGUUGAGACGUGGGCACACCCACGUAUAUAAACCUACCUAUAUGCCUAUAUACCUAUGCGUAGGGGCGUGACGUAGGGAACGUCCGUAUAUAUAUAUCUAUAUAUAUAUAUA